UUGGAGUUAACAUAUAUAUUUUAUUGAUAUUUUUGUUGAAAUGGGUGUGAAGUGCUUUAGCGUUACUGUUACGGUGGUUGCUGUAUUUGCAUGCAUAGCAUAUCAAAUAUUACUGAGCCCAUUGCCACCACCCAAAAUUAGUACGACAAAAUACUGGGGUCCAAGUUCGCAAGCCAAUCGCGUCGAAAAAAGCGAAGUGAAACCAUUCAAAAUUAAUUACUCAGCUGAUGUGAUUUCAAAGUUAAGUAAUCGCCUAAGUGAACCGUUGAAUCUUGUGGAGCCACUGAAGAAUGUUAACUUUCGCUAUGGAUUUGACAAACAUAAGCUCGAAGAAUUGGUGAAAUAUUGGCGUGAUGAAUAUCUACCGAAAUGGGAUGGACGACAAAAGUUCUUUAAUGCAUUGCCACAAUAUACAACUAAAAUUCAGGGAUUAAACAUUCACUUCAUUCACACAAAAGAUCAAACGGAUAAAGCCAAAUAUGUGAUUCCUUUGCUAUUGUUACACGGAUGGCCAAGCUCAGUAAGAGAAUUUUACAACUUAAUUCCAGAGUUAACUAAGGCCAAAGACAAUAUUGCGUUCGUUGUUGUUGCACCAAGUUUGCCCGGUUACGGUUUUUCGGAAGCUGCCAAAGUUCCGGGAAUGAAUCCAAAUGAGAUUGCAAUAGUUUUUCGAAAUUUAAUGGUUCGUUUGGGCUACGAUCGAUUUUUGAUUCAAGGUAGCGAUUGGGGGUCACUCAUUGGAUCAUCUUUGGCAGCACUAUUUCCUCAAAACGUUAUCGGCUUUCAUUCAAAUAUGUGCGUAACUGGAUUUUUUAUGAAUUAUAUCAAAGCUAUCAUUGCAAGCGUCUAUCCCAGUCUAUUCGUUGCAGCAGAAUAUGCUGAUUUCCACUUCCCAAUAGGAGAAAAAAUUGCUUAUCACAUCGAAGAAAGUGGAUACUUUCAUCUACAAGCCACCAAGCCCGAUACAAUCGGCAUCGCGUUGACGGCAAAUCCUGUCGGCUUAUUAGCAUAUAUUCUCGAAAAAUUCUCAACAUUAACAGAUAAGAAUAAUCGUGAUUUAAUUGAUGGUGGCCUUGAUAAACAUUACACAAAAGAAGCUCUGCUCGACAAUAUUAUGAUUUACUAUCUAUCAAAUAGUAUAACAACGUCGGUGCGUUUAUAUGCGGAAGGAUUUGGCAUUGAAUAUUUAAAUUUGAAAAUGGACAGAGUUCCAGUCCAAGUGCCUGUUGGAUGUGCCCGUUUCAAGAAUGAUUUGGCACACGAAUUAGAUUGGCAACUUAAUGUCAAAUUCCCGAAAUUAAUUCAUAGCACUUAUCACGCAAAUGGUGGUCACUUUGCUGCAAUGGAGUUGCCGGACGUGCUUUACAACGAUUUCCUUCAGUUCGUUAACAAAUUAAACGUCACUGCAAAAAAAUAGUUAAAUAACUCUUUUUUUAUAUGAAAAUAUGUUGCCAUAAAUAAUAAAUCUACUUAUAUAAUUUCAAUUCAAAGAACAAUGCAUAAACCCUUCACAUAAUUCACAUUUCAUAAAAAAUGAAUUUACUUCAAACGAUGUAACAUACCAUUAAAAUAGCAUUACAGGCGCUUCCAAAACUAGCGUGCGCUUCCAAAGUUUUUUUCAUCCACUAUUUGUGUCUAUGUUUGAAUUCGACGGUUAUACAUUUUUUUCCAUAUUUUUUCCA